AUGCGCUUAUUACAUUUGGUCACACCAGACAUUGAAAAGCAGACUACUAAUAUGAGGGAGUCAAUCUCUGCAAAACACCGACUCAUAAUAACUCUUAGGUUCUUGGCAACAGGCAACUCUUAUAGAAGCUUAAUGUACGAAUUUAGAGUGUCGAAAUCAACAAUAUCAAAAUUUGUGCCUGAAGUAUGUGCUUUAAUUUAUAAACGUUUAAAAGAUUACUUGAAAGUGCCUAAUACUGCAGCAGAUUGGCUGAAUAUUGCGGAAGAAUAUCAAAAUAUUUGGAACUUUCCACACUGCUUGGGAACCAUGGAUGGAGCUCCAAGUAGUGCUGGAUCUACAUUUUUUAAUUAUAAAGGCACCCACAGCCGAGCAAGACGUGUGGUAGAAAAUGCUUUUGGGAUUUUGGCCAAUCGUUUCAGGAUGGAUUUAUCAAAACUAAACAAGGUUUCAUCCAUUGCAGAUAAGAAGCCAAUAAUUAUAUUGAGGGAUCUGACACGCGACGCACAUUUUACAAUUAUAGCUGCGAAGGUGGUAAAUGCUAAAUACGGAGAAGCGGUUCUACUGGAGUUAGAGGAGAAAGUGGUAUUCCUACCAAACCGCGUAACAAAGGACUAUGUGUCAUUCCUACCAGAAUUUUCAAGCUAA